AUUUAAGAUUUCAUUUGUUGAGAGAGCAUAAUGUUUGUUACCGGCGACUAUGAUCUGAGUUUAUCAUUGAAGUAUAAGGAACCUGUCAAAGCCGUUUUCAAGGAGACAAUAUUCGGGCAUGAUCAUACAUUCAAGACACAGGUUUAUGAACCUCAUCACCUGUGCUACACACAAGAGGAUACGAUGAUGGAUUUGAGCUGGAAAGAGUUGGAUAGAGCUUAUUUUAGCAAAGGAGGCCAACAAGGAAAUCCAGUUGCAUUUGGAAAUUUUACCAGAUCACCUAUGUCUGUUGAUCAGAAGAGAAUUUGCAGCAUCCCCAAGGUGUUCAACUGGUUACAAGAGAAGCAAGUCAUGUUUCCAGGGUUCCAGCAACAACAUUCAAAUCCUCAAAUUUGUCCCACUCAUUAUCUUGAUCAUAUUGAUAGGGGGAACUUGAAUAAGAGACAUGGUUUCUUCAAUAGUUUAGAGAAUUCAAUCACGGAAAAUCAUUAUUACCAUGGUGGUGUAGCACAUCAUUCUGAGGAGGUUAAUCUCUCGUUGAGCAUUGGCAGGAACAAUAUGAAAACAACUGUCAGUACAAAGACCUUUGAUCAUAUCAUUGAUUUAGAAGAAUCAGAUGAUACUAGUGAUUCUAAUGCAGGACUAGAUCUCCAGUCUCCUAUGGAUUCUACUCGUGUUUCUUAUUCUGGAUAUAAGCGUGAUUACCAAUGCACUCAUAGCUUCACAAACAACACUACAGAUAAUUGGUUUGAUGGGACUACAGGAAAUUAUUUUGUUCCAAAUGACAGCACGAGUUGUCUUGAGCAGAACCCUUUAGCUGAAGGAGUUGAACAAUGUGAGAAGACUCUCCUUUCUAGAGAUAUAUCAGGAAAGAGCAAAGUUCUUUUUUCCGAUGAACGAGCUUUUUUGGACCUUAACAAAUCCAUAUUUGAUGAUUCUUUACACUUUGAUGAUCCUAGCUUGGCAUGUUCUUCAAGUAAAUCUUCCUCAAGAGAGUCACACGGACUGUCUGGUGAGCCUCGUGAAAGCACCUUUCCCACUGCUUGUAAAAGGAGAGAGCAAGAUGAUGACAAUCCAAAUGAGACUUCUGCUAUUGUUCCCCAAAGAAUUCUUAGUCCUGUGACUGGCAGCAACUGUUAUAAAAGAACAAAAAUUGUUGGAGUUGAACAGUUGAUAAACCUCAAUCAUCCUCUUUCAGACAGUAGUGAAAAUCCUGGCAGUCUCACUACUGACAACGAUGAUCAAGUUUCUAGUACACCAGAAAACAAAAGCAAGAAAGCCAAGCAUGAUCCAAUGUCUUCUCCUGACUAUAAGACUCAAGAAUUUGUCAAGGAUAGCGGUCCUGAUAGAUCGCUCUCGUCAUGCAAAUCUUCUUGUUUUGAGGACAUCUCAAGUGGCAUAGAGACAUUGCAAGCCGGAACUCAAUUGAAAAAUUCAGGUUCUAAAAAAUCUGAAACACUUCAAACAAAUAUAUCUCCACGUCAGGAGGAUGUCGACUCUUCCAGUAACAGUGAUCACCAGAUGGGAGAAACAUCAGAAGUCAAUGAUCAAAUCAGAAGAGGAGCAGUGUCCCUCAUCUAUCUUGCAUUGGAAUGUUCUGAACCAAGCGUUGUUACUAGCAUGAACAAGAUUGAAGGUGAUCAAAAUACAGAACAACCACAAUGUUCUUCAGACACUUUUGAAGAAAUGGUGCUCAAACAACCCGAAACCUCCAUUGACGACUGUUGUGUGACCUCAAAUGCAUUUGAAUUCAAUGCCACAGAGAGAAAAGACUACGGAAUAACAUUAAAGAGAGGACGAAGAAUGAAAGAUUUCCAAAGGGAUAUUAUGCCAAGCUUGGCAACACUUUCUAGGCAUGAGAUUUGUGAGGAUAUAAAGAUUAUGGAGACAGCACUUAGAUCAAGAGAAUACAAGAGACAUAGGUCCAAAAUGACUGAUGGAAACAAGUGGUUCAAUCCUGUAAGAAAUAGAAGAUCCAGACUCAACUAUGUAGGCCGCAAGUAUUCUUCAUGAAUUGUUGAUUUCAUCAUUGAUAUUGAGGAAAUUGUGACAAAUUUAGCAAAGAAG